AUGGAAAAAGAAACUAUCAAUGUCCCAGAGGAGAGAACCCAACCUGUAAGCAGAGAUAAAAUGUUUUCUGCUGAAGAUAUUCCAGAGAUUGUGCGGGUAUUUCGAGAGGCUGAUGCUGAUGGCUCUGGAGGACUGGACAUGGAGGAAUUUAGAGUGGCUAUCGAGCAGUUUUACGGUUCUGUGAAUAAGGAAGAUCUUGAAGUCCUCCACAUGCAGAUCGAUGCAAACGGUGACAAAAAUGUGGACAUUGGCGAGCUACUGAACUUCCUGAUGGAUAGGAAGACGGCAUCGGAACGUUUGGAUUUUAAAAAUCAACCCUUUCCCAAACCAUUCAAAAUUAUACCUGUGGAUAACCAAAGAGCAAUCGUCCGUGUGUUAUUCCGUUCUUUUGAGAAUGGCAGGAACCCUGGUUCAGGGAGUUUGAGCGGUCAAAUCAGGACUUACCAGAAAGGCCAGUACCUCUCCGUUAGCUCAAAUGGUGUCUUCACCGUGUGGACCGACAGCUUUAACAUCUCAUAUGAAAUUCCAUUAUACAAAACUCAAAAAACUAUUCGUUUUGCGCACAACAAGAAAAUGCAUGUUACCGACAUGGUGUACAUCCAAGAACUCAAAGAGGUGGCUGUCUCCACUACUGACAGGGAACUGUUAUUCUAUUAUUGUGAUGAGUUCCCUGAUAGAUUUCGAGUCCGUCACUCUUUAAUAGUAGAGGACAUGAUGGUCAACGCCAUGAAUUACUGGUCCAAUGGCAAAAGAUCCAUUUUUUCCUUUGGGGAUACAAAAGGCAGUCUCUAUCUGUUUGUUUCCAAGGAUAUAGAGAGAACUGGCCUCUUCAACAAACAGGCGUACGAGGAUAUCUCUCUGCAGACGUAUCGAACUGUUUAUCUUUCUACUCUGUUAAGAACGGCCCCUGACUACUAUACAAGCAGUAUCAGAAUCUCCGUCUUUAAUGAUAUGAUCAGUCAGAUCCAAUACUUUCCAUCGAUUGACUCAUUUGGCAUCUGCGGUAGUUCAAGCAGGACUAUGGCCCUCAUCGCCCUCCCUAUGUUAAUUCAACCCGAGAAGAAUAAAAAGAAUGUCAAUGCCGUAAAACUCUUUAAGAGCAGGGGAGAUCAGGACUUUUUCACAUGCGUUGAAUACUCCCCUUCGGCUGAGCGUCUCGUUACUGGUGGUACAGAUGGCUUACUGCGGGUGUGGUUUCCCCACAAAAACACAUGCUGUGAACGUGUAUUAUCAGGACACAUGAAACCCAUCAACCACAUCAUGUUUAACGACGAGGACAAACUACUUGUCAGUUUAUCUGAGGACAUGAAUGUACGCGUGUGGUCCGAAGACGGCUGGAUGUGUAGGCAAAGUUUUCAAGUUCUUGGUAUGGGACAUGCCCCAAUCUCCAGUAUGUGUUACAACGUACAGAACAAUGAGUUAGUCCUGGCUAAUUCAGCUAUAGGAAAAUGUCUUGGAAGAGGAACUGAUGUUUUUACAAAACUACUGACAUCACAUGACAAGCCUGUGUGUUCUGCACUCUAUCACAGCAUUUUCAAACAAGUUGUCUCUGUUUGCCAGAAUGGUGUGGUGACAGUGUGGGACGUCUUAUCAGGACAGGCCACCAUGCAGUUUAAGGUCACUCUGGAUCAGCAUGUGGGGCUCACAGCCAUAUCAUUUGAUGAAUCACAGCGCAGACUAAUCACAAUUUCCCAGGAUGGCAAAGUGAGACUGUGGAACUUCAACAGUGGAACGGAACUUGCUGUUCUUCCUGUGACCGUGCCGAGGCAGGUGACAGGUAUUGUCUGCAUAAACAAUAGGAUGUUUGUGGCGGGAAGGAAGUCCAAGACCAUUUUUGACCUAGAUAUGGAGGAACAUGACCACAGAUUUUUGGAGCACGAUCAUUUAGAUGACAUUACCUCCUUGGAUGUGCAUGAGAACACACUGAUUACCGCCUCCAGCAACGGAAAUAUCAUUAUCUGGGAUGCCGACACUGCCGAAGUUCUAUAUAGGGUUAAUGCCAGUGAGAAUCCUCGAACAAUCAUGGCGGAUAAACAUGCUCUAGGCCGGACUGGAACUGUGGCUGUUGAUAAGUUUCCAAAAUUUCUAACAGACACUAAUAUUCCUCUACAUAAAAAAUCUAUACCUCAGACAAGGGUGAAGACUACUGGGAGUACCAGUCCUCUUAUUAAAUGUCUGAGGACCAGGGUGAUCACUUUUUCCACAGCCACACUGCUGACUUCUACAGAUGGCUACAUCUAUGCCUGGUCUGUUAUUAGCAAGGGAGGCUUGCUAGGAAAGUUCAGGGCUGUGAAGGAUGAAGGUGCAGUCGUUACCACCAUGUCAACUGAUGUCAGUGAACAGAUCCUCUUGACAGGGGACAGUACUGGCAGGAUUUACCUUUGGGACAUUCAGGGAUUUGGCUUUAAAAAACAGACAGACAAAGGGCCAUUUGAGAAUAUAAAAGGGUGGCUGGUAUCAGUGUGUCCACCUCCACUGUUGGGCUCCUGGAAAGCUCAUCUCACAGGGGUGGUGAGUGUUGUUUGUGAUCCCACUUGUAAUCAUAUAAUUACCGCAGGUUUGGACAACAAUGUCCGGCUAUGGACAAACACAGGCUGCUACAAAGGCCUCUUUGGGGGAGAUCGAUGGGAUGUUCCAAAACUCAGCCCUGACGAUGCUGACCAGGAACAGGAAGACCGCACGCGGUCAGAAGAGACAUUAAUUAUUCCUUUGCCAUUCCUUGAAUCUCCACCAUCAUCAUCCUCACCAACACCUGACUACAAGGACCUCUUUGAGAGAAUUGAAAAAGCAACUGCACCUCCCCCUGUUCCACUAAACACUCCUGCUGAAAUUUCUGCUGAAAUCGCAAGUAUAAGAAGACAAUUGCGUAAAGUUCUGGUGGAAAUAGAUGAAGAUAUCGAAGCCGUAAAUAGGAGAAGCAAGUUUGAUCUGGAAGAAAGCAACGAGGACAAACAGGAACCUGGAGACACAAAAACACAUGAAUGUUUACCACCCAUCUCUGAAGAAGCUCAGCUCACACAAAACCAGACUCAAUCGAAGCCACACUCGCGUCAGACCCUGCUUGUCAGACGUCGCAUUAACCUUGAAAAAAGUUCUCCUCCAUAUUUGACAUGGACUAAAUCCAAAUGUGGACGACCUCUGCUCACAUGCGGUGUCCUCCCGCCAUGUCCACAAAACAUCCUGCAUCCCAUCUAUGAUGCAGCUCAGGAAAAACAACUCAGGCCACAGCCGCCUCAGACCCCGCCCACCACAGGCUCUACUGAGGCUAUGAAGAACUCGCCACACACGCAGGGAUCAGCUAACACCGUAAAACAGGAGUCUGUAAACAGAAGAAAGCAUGUACGCUUACCACCCAUCUCCAAAAAGGUUCAGCUCACACAUGGCCGGACUCAGGAUAAGACACAGCCGCCUCAGACCCCGCCCACCACAGGCAGCACCAAGACCACAAAGAUCUAACCAUGAUUCAGCUGGGGAAACCAUUAAUACACCAUACAAAAAUACACAGUGGCUUAGUGGUACAGUGGUUAGCACUGUCACCACACAUAAGGUUCUUUCUGUGUGGAGUUUGCAUGUUCUCCUCGUUCCUGUGUGGGUUUACUCCGGGUGCUCCGGUUUCUUCCCACAGUCCAAAAACAUGCAGCUUAGGUUAAUUGGCAGCUUAAAAAAAAGGGGCGGCACGGUGGUAAAGUGGUUAGCACUGUCACCACACAGAAGGUUCUUUCUGUGUGGAGUUUGCAUGUUCUCCUCGUGCCUGUGUGGGUUUCCUCCGGGUCCUCCGGUUUCCUCCCACAGUCCAAAGACAUGCAACUUAGGUUAAUUGGCAACUUAAUAAACAAAACUAC